CCCAGCAGCAUCAUAACUUCCCCCUCACUGUCCAUUAGCAUGUGCGAUCUCUCCCGUUUUGUAUCGCAUCACUUUCAGCCGUCAGAGCAGCAGACUGCAUGUGUGUGAGCGUUUAGGCUGAGUGUCUCCAAAAAUCCCUCUGUAGCUGCAUCUAAGACGCUGCAGGGAAGGAUUGAGAAGAGAAAGCAGCUUCACUGACAUCAAGAGCAAUGUAUGGGGUGUGUGGUUGUUGUGGAGCGCUGAGGCCGCGCUACAAGAGACUGGUGGACAACAUCUUCCCUGAAGACCCAGAAGAUGGAUUGGUAAAGGCCAACAUGGAGAAGCUGACUUUUUAUGCUCUGUCAGCUCCAGAGAAGUUGGAUCGUAUUGGGGCGUACCUGUCUGAGAGAUUGUCUCGUGAUGUAGCUAGACACCGUUAUGGGUAUGUGUGUAUUGCGAUGGAAGCCCUCGACCAGCUGCUAAUGGCCUGCCACUGUCAGAGUAUCAACCUGUUCGUGGAGAGUUUCCUGAAGAUGGUGCGGAAACUCCUGGAGGCUGACAAGCCCAACCUGCAAAUCCUGGGAACAAACUCGUUUGUGAAGUUUGCUAACAUUGAGGAGGACACCCCCUCAUAUCAUCGCAGUUAUGAUUUCUUCGUGUCACGGUUUAGUGAGAUGUGCCAUUCCAGCUAUGAGGACCCCGACAUCCGCACUAAAAUUCGAAUGGCUGGCAUCAAAGGUCUACAGGGUGUAGUGAGGAAGACCGUAAACGAUGAGUUGCAGGCGAACAUCUGGGACCCUCAGCACAUGGACAAGAUUGUCCCCUCACUGCUCUUCAAUCUGCAGUCUGGUGAAGGCACAGAGAGUCGCUCUCCCUCCCCACUGCAAGCCAGUAAGAAGGAGAAAGAAAGCCCAGCCGAGCUGACGGAGCGCUGCUUUCGGGAACUGCUGGGCCGUGCCGCCUAUGGCAACAUCAAGAACGCAGUCACCCCUGUGCUUAUGCAUCUUGAUAAUCACUCGCUGUGGGAAGGCAAAACAUUUGCAGUGCGCUGCUUUAAGAUCAUCAUGUACUCCAUUCAGUCCCAGCAUUCUCAUCUGGUCAUCCAGCAGCUCCUGGGCCAUUUGGAUGCCAACAGUAGGAGCUCAGCCACAGUGCGUGCUGGAAUAGUGGAGGUGCUUCUGGAGGCGGCUGCCAUCGCUGCCAGUGGCUCUGUUGGCCCCACAGUGUUGGAGGUGUUCAACACGCUGCUCCGGCAUCUGAGGCUCAGUGUGGACUAUGAACUCACGGGAUCCUAUGACUGCACCAACAUCGGUACCAAAAUCAUCAAGGAGCACGAGGAGAGACAGCUACAGGAAGCCGUCAUCAGGACUAUCGGCUCAUUUGCAAACACGUUACCCACAUACCAGCGCUCUGAGGUGAUGCUCUUCAUCAUGGGGAAGAUCCCCAUUCCAGGCAUGCAUCCCAUGCUGCACUCUACAGGCUCAGGGCCUGAGGGCAAUCGAAUGAUCCAAGUCAUGCUAUUGAAGUCGUUGAGACAGGUCACAUGUGGUUUCCAGACGACCAAUAUGCUGACAGCUCUGCCAAACUCCUUUCUGGAUCCACUGCUGUCAUUUGCUCUGCUAGAAGAUGCAGAAAUUCGACUGUUGGUGCUGGAAAUUCUGGUCAGCCUUAUUGAUCGCCAUAACAACCUCCCCAAGUUCUCCACCAUCAGUAUCAUCUCUGAUAUCUCUGUGCUUAAACUCAAAGUGGACAAGUGCUCACGCCAAGACAACCUCUUCAUGAAGAAGCAUGCACAGCACCUGUAUAGACACAUCUACCUGUGCAGUAAGGAACAGAGCAGCGUGCAGCCUCACUUUGAGAAGCUCUACUCACUCCUGGCCCUCAUCAGCAUGGAGCUGGCCAACGAAGAGGUGGUGGUGGACCUGAUCCGUGUGGCGCUCGCUCUGCAGGACUUGGCUCUGAGCAGUGAGGAGACGCUACCGGUGUAUAACCGCUGUGCUGUUCAUGCUCUGUCCUCUGCUUACCUCAAUCUCAUCAGUCAGCUCACCACAGUGCCAGCGUUCUGCCAGCACGUUCAUGAGGUGAUUGAAAUGAGACAAAAAGAAAGUCCUUACCUGUUACCUGAGGAUGUCUUCAUUGAAAACCCAAAGAUUCCUAAGACACUGGAGAAGCUGGAAGGAGAGCUGUUGUUUCAACAGGCCAAGAUCACUGAGGUUCUUGGUGGCAGCGGCUAUAACACUGAGCGACUAGCUACACCUUAUGUCCCACAGUUCACAGAUGAGGACCGGCUGUCAAAAAGAAAGAGCAUUGGAGAAACAAUAUCUCUUCAGGUGGAGGUAGAGUCCAGAAACAGUCCCGAGAAAGAGGAGAGAACACCAGCUGAAGAAAUCACAUUUGAAACACUAAAAAACGCCAUUGUGGAUAGUGUAGGCGUGGAGGAACAGGAGAAGGAACGCAGGAGACAGGUGGUUGAGAAGUUCCAGAAGGCCCCCUUUGAGGAAAUAGCUGCCCACUGUGGUGCCAGAGCUACAAUGCUGCAGAGUAAACUUAAUCAAAUCUUUGAAAUCACGAUUAGGCCUCCUCCCAGUCCAUCUGGAACCAUCACAUCAAGUUACGGCCAAACCCAGAGUCGCUCUGUCCCCGUUUAUGAGAUGAAGUUCCCGGACUUGUGCGUUUACUAGUGCAGCUCACCUCAGGAUUCAGGAACCUUCAGGCAGGCAGAGGUACAGAGAGCUGGAGGGUUUUAGGUAUUAAAUUAUAUUUUGAUGUUUUUUAAUAGAGGAAAAAUAAGAGGUCAGCCCUCCUCUGUCCUGCAACCCUCAUCGCUGUAUUGUCCCCUGUUCCCCUGACUACACUGUGACUGUAGACAGUUCACCCAUUGAACUACUGGAAGGAUUUUGAACAUUUGGAUUCCUGAGUUGAGUUUUCCCCAUUUACAAAUAUUUUCCACAUAUUCAUUGAUACUUUGCACUUCUAUAAUAAAAUCAGCUACCAUAAAUAAGUAUUUGCAGCAAAAACCCAACUCAACAGGGGCGCAAAAAACAUUUUUAACAAGAGCAUACCUGGGUCAUAUUUCACCCUUAAAAUCAAAAGAA